UUUAAGGCGGGCAUCAGCGCCGGCGUCUUUCCUACAUUCUAAACUCUGUUCUUUAGUUUUACGCGCCAAAUUCCCGCGUUCUUUCCGUCAUUUCAUAUAAGUUUACUUUACUGUUUAGUCCUAAACUAAGAUCUGUGUUUAUUACGACGGGGACACGAUGGCUGAGAAGAUAAACAUGGAGGAAGUAAAGACAUCCAACGGCGAGGCGCACUUCGAUGAGCCGCUGGUAAACGGACUGAACAGCCACAGGAAGACGGAACCGGAGACCCUGGCCCAAAGAGUGAAGAGGAUCGUCCGAGCGAACCUGCUGGUGAUCCUCACCGUGGCCGGGGUCAUCAUCGGGGUCUUCAUCGGACUUGGAGUGCGCAACGUGGCGCUCACGAGAACGCAGAUAAUCUAUGUGGGCUUCCCAGGUGAGCUGCUCAUCCGGCUCCUGAAGAUGAUCAUCAUCCCCCUGGUGGUGUGCAGCCUGGUGUCCGGGGCGGCCAGCAUCGACCCGAAAGCCCUGGGCAAGCUUGGCGGCUGGGCCAUGCUCUUCUUUCUGGUUACCACCCUUAUCGCCUCUGCCAUCGGGGUCGUGAUGGCGUUCAUCAUAAAGCCGGGCGAGGUGACCGUCACCAAGCUCGCAUCCUUUGAUGAAGAAGUGCCAGCCCAUAAAGAAAUCAUAGACUCCUUCUUGGAUCUGAUAAGAAACAUUUUUCCAUCAAACUUGGUUUCUGCAGCUUUUCAGUCUUAUGCAACCUCCUACAAACUGAUGAAGAAAAAUGGAACGGACGGCAACCUGAACAUCACAGUGGAGAAGGUGCCGUUUGGAACCGACCAGGAUGGCAUGAAUAUUCUCGGUCUGGUUGUGUUUGCCAUUGUGUUUGGUGUGGCGUUAAGGAAGCUGGGGGAGGAAGGAGAGAUCCUCAUCAAGUUCUUCAACUCCUUUAACGAGGCCACCAUGGUGCUGGUCUCCUGGAUUAUGUGGUACGCUCCUCUUGGUAUCAUGUUCCUCGUUGCUGGCAAGAUAGUGGAGAUGGAGGACGUCGGCUCGUUGUUUGCCAGUCUGGGAAAAUACAUAGCUUGCUGCAUGAUUGGCCACGCCAUUCAUGGCCUUCUCGUCCUGCCUGGCAUCUAUUUUAUUAUUACAAGGAAGAACCCCUACACCUUCCUCUGGGGAAUAUUCACAGCUCUUGCAACAGCGUUUGGAACCAGCUCCAGCUCUGCCACUCUGCCCCUCAUGAUGAAAUGCGUGGAGGAAAAAAACGGCGUCUCCAAGCAAAUCAGUCGUUUCAUUCUGCCCAUCGGGGCCACGGUGAACAUGGACGGAGCUGCGUGUUUCCAGUGCGUGGCUGCAGUUUUUAUUGCUCAGCUCAACCAAGUGCCUCUAAACUUCAUCCAAGUCAUCACUAUCCUGGUGACCGCCACAGCUUCCAGCGUCGGCGCAGCAGGCAUACCUGCAGGCGGCGUGCUCACCUUAGCCAUAAUCCUGGAAGCGAUAGGACUUCCCACAAGUGACAUUUCGCUAAUCCUGGCUGUUGACUGGCUUGUUGACCGCACCUGCACAGUCCUGAACGUAGAGGGCGACGCAUUCGGCGCCGGGCUCCUGCAGUUCUUUGUGGACAAAUCAUCCAAACACGUGGAAGACGCAGAGCUGAGCGACAUUAGGCUGGACGGAGAGAUGUCAGCUGCUGCUCCAGAGCAGUCGCCCCUCAUUGAGAAGCGAGGCUUGAGCGACAAAACAGACACUGCAAUGUAACCCCCGCCUGCAUUCAAACCUUUCCCGCCCCGACUUUUUUUACACUCCUUCUACACGAUGAAACACUUCUUCAAGCCCUUUUUCCCUGAAAGAAAAAAAAAAGCACAAAAAGAGAGGAUGGACAUGCACACUACAAUGCAAGGAAACACCCUCUGACCUCAACACCUUUUGUGGGCAUGAAAAUUGGCUAAAUUCAUAUGAACAUUGUGUGUUAGGCUGAAUUUUGUGACUGUUAAGUCUAAUGACACAUUUCUCCAUUUGUGCUCGUCACUAUGUUCAUAUUCUAUUGUGUCUGUUAUCCACCGCUAUGCUGUGCUGGCAUUUUGUAUGGCCCAAAAUCUAGACCGCUGCCCUUCAGUGGGUAUUAGGGAUCUUAUAAAAUAGGAAAAAUGUACAUUUAUUCAAACAAUAUUUUAAUCACAAUCAUGUAUUCAAAUUUACUUGGAACUGACUGGUAUGAAUUGUCUUCAGAAAUCAGAAAUAUUUCUGGAUAAGAGCUCCUUCACAGUUGACUAAAUGGGGUUUGACAAUUUUUAGAGUGCAAAUGGAUUCCAUUAAGUCUUUUUAUUUUUUUAUUUUUUAUUUUUUGCUAGUUAUUGUGGCAUCAUUGUGUUUUUAAAUGUGUAUUUCUCUUUAGUUAAAUUCUGUUUUUCAUUUUCAAUGAUUUGAUUAAUUUUCAUGCAAGUGUCAAUUAGUGCUGUUCACGUUGAUUUAUUGAAUAAGUUAAAUGUGUUUAGGGUGAUGGUCACGGAUUUAGACACUAAAAUAGAUCUUUGAAAAGUGUGGAAAGACAAAUGCAGUUAAUUGUAAAUUGGUCUGCAUCUCUAUUUUUUUUUCUUUUGGAGAUUUUAAGCCUUUAUUCUCUGAAAGUGUGACCAAUAAUCUAGCUUCCUUGAAGUCGAUACAAAAAAAGAGUGAAUGUGAAGAAAUAGGUUCAUGUAGUUUACAGAUUAUAGUUAGGAAAGAAGAUUAUCAAACACAAUGACUUCUCUAAGUGACCAGGUUUCUGAUUUUUUUUUUUUUUUUUACAAGUUUCAAAACCUAAAAUCUGCAGGAUUAAUGAAACAAAAAAGGGGCAACACAUUUGCAACAUGUCAAUUUUUGAAGAGGUUGUGAUGAACUUGCAUGGUUUAUUUACAUCAUCCAUAAUGAUUGUGUUAAAAGUACGAGGUCAUCAAUACCAGGGGGAAAAGAGCUGGAAAAAGCUUGAUUUAAAUUGUUAUAUGGCAUAUAACCAGCUUAGAAUUUUAUGUUUAUGAAAUCUCAAAGCAUAGAUGUCAUACACCUGCAUGAAAAUGGACAAAAGGCUGUAAAAGAUAAUAGCUUUAUGAAUGUGACAUUGCUUUUCUAGCAUCCCAUCCCGUCAUAAAAGUUUUAGAAUAAUCUAAAACUGAACCAAUGAUUCUCUGAUGUUGAUGCCUUUCCCAUGUUGACACAGAGCAAUAGACUGUUCAAAAGCAAAAUGAUUUAAGCUUAGUUGCUGGAAUCUCACAACCAAAUGAAGGAGCAUUAUGCACACCGGC